ACAAACAGCUAAGGAAAGAAGACUUAUUAUUUACCUCAAUCCCAUUUGUGCGUGGCCGGCCCAAGGGUACACCUAAUUCUCUCCGCCGGGCCUCUUAUUUUAUUCUUUCCCUGCGCAUCCCAACCAUUCCCAGAUAAACAAAUGUACAAGCACCGAAAGAUGUUAAAAACCAGAAGGCCUGGGCCCCUCGCAUGUACACAUAAUAAAGGUGGCCAGGGCCAUCACCAUUUGAGAGGAUGGGCUUGGGAGGGGACGUGAUGAAGGCCGCCGCGUCGAAAGCUCUGGUCAUCAAGAUCAACCUUGCCUUCCUCGCCUUCUUCCUCGUCGCUUACAUCGCUCUCCUCUUCCAACCAUCGAUUCUCCGCCAUGAGAAUUCCGCCUCUCUCGUCCGCUACUGCUCCUUUCGCGAUUGCCACAUGAAGAAGGUAAGGUGGAAAAAGAGAUCACCAAGAAGACAGCAGCACUGAUCAGGAAAGCUCCAAGUUUCCUCCAAGGAUUGCAUGGGAACGUGUCCAUCGGUUUGGUGAACAUGGAAUUAGAUGAUGGAGUGAUGGAUUGGGGUGCCUCGGUGAAAGCCACAAAAGUAGAUUUCGAGCAGGUAUCCAAAUUGUUUGAAUGGAAGGACUUGUUCCCGGAGUGGAUCGAUGAGGAGGAAGAGAACGAAGGGUCGACAUGUCCAGAGAUCCCGAUGCCAGACUUCUCGAUAUACGACGAGAUGGACGUGGUGGUGGCCAAGUUGCCAUGCCGACGACCGGAGGAUGGUUGGGUCCGAGACGUCUUUAGGCUGCAAGUUCACCUGGUGGUGGCGAACUUGGCGGUGAGGAGAGGGAGGAGGGACGGGCGAGGGAUGGUGAAGGUGGUGUUCCUCGGUGCAUGCCGGCCGAUGAUGGACGUAUUCCGGUGCGACGAUUUGGUGGGAAGGGAGGGAGAGUGGUGGAUAUAUGAAGCUCCGGCAGGGAGAUUGGAGGAGAAGGUGGCCAUGCCGGUGGGCUCUUGCAAGCUGGCCUUGCCAUUGUGGGAAGAAGGAACCAACGAGGAGUACGACGUGUCGAAGUUCGCCGUUCCCGUGAACCCCCAUCGGCGGGAGGCCUACGCGACGGUCCUCCACUCCUCCGACAACUACGUCUGCGGCGCGAUCACCCUCGCCCAGAGCAUCCUGAAGACGGGCUCCACCCGCGACCUCGUCCUCCUCCACGACAAGGCCAUCGCCCAGCCCAAGCUCCGGGCGCUCGUGGCCGCCGGCUGGAGCCUUCGGGAGAUCAAGCGCAUCCGCAACCCCCGCGCCGAGAAGAACUCCUACAACGAGUACAACUACAGCAAGCUCCGCCUCUGGCAGCUCACCGAGUACCACAAGGUCGUCUUCGUGGACUCCGACAUCAUCGUCCUCCGCAACCUGGACCUCCUCUUCCACUUCCCGCAGAUGUCCGCCACCGGCAACGACGGCAUCAUCUUCAACUCCGGCAUCAUGGUCGUCGAGCCCUCGAACUGCACCUUCCGGACCCUGAUGGCCCGCCGGAAGGACGUCGUCUCCUACAACGGCGGCGACCAGGGGUUCCUCAACGAGGUGUUCGUCUGGUGGCAUCGCCUCCCGAGGAGGGUGAACUUCCUGAAGAACUUCUGGUCCAACUCCACGCUGGAGGCCAGCAUGAAGAACCACCUCUUCGCGGCCGACCCGCCGAAGCUGUACUCGAUACAUUACCUGGGGCUGAAGCCAUGGCUGUGCUAUCGGGACUACGACUGCAACUGGAACAUCGAGGACCAGCGGGUGUACGCGAGCGACGAGGCCCACCGGCGGUGGUGGAGGCUGCACGACGAGAUGGAUGAGGGGCUGCGGGCCUUCUGCGGGCUCUCGCAGCAGAGGACGAUCGACCUGGACUGGGACCGGAAGAAUGCGGCGGCGAGGGGGUUCCCGGACGGCCACUGGAAGCUCAACAUCUCGGACUGGAGGCGGAAUGUGUGAAGAGGGAGGGUUACUUAGCUGACAUCUGUUGGAGUUCGUUGGCGCAUAGAUUAAUACUUGGUAAUUUUUGAAAGAUUUAUUUGUCUUUGAAGGCUUGGGAGGGUUCCUUUCCUUUUUGUACCGGGCUGCAUGCAGGCCAUCUAAUUGAUACAAGAAAUCACAGGAAAAAGUUCAGAAUAUACGGUUUCAUCA